AUGUUCGCCGAUGAUCGGGUUGGGUGCCCCUCUCCGGUAGCUGCCACACAGGACGGUGGCUGGUGGAGUGACAUGGCGCUGGAUGGCAUCGCCACUGGGCUCCCCAAUGUGGAGUUCGAUCAGCUUACUUGUGAGUUCAGUUUCGACACCUGCCUGUGGCAAAGCACUGGUGCCUCUUCAUGGCAGCUUGCAGGGAACGCGGAUGGCCAGUGGCUGGAGGCGGUGCAGAAUGGUUCCCAAGCUUCGGAACGGAUCUUGGAAACCGCGGCGAUCUUCAACACCACUGAGGACAAGGUCUUGACUUUCGACUAUCAGUUGAACGGCUCGAGCACCGUGGCGUUGGAGCUACAACACCAAGCCUCCGCUGGCGGCUGGCAGGGUUUGUGGACGGAGUCAGGUAGCCGCGGUGCAGUUUGGCACACCGCCAUCGUCACCAUACCUGCUGGCAGUGUCGGUUUCCGCUUCUUGGCCAAUGUCACCGCGCUUGACGUUGUGAAGCUGGAUUCCUUCUCGACUGAAAACUCGGCAGUUCUGGCAAACAUCCGGUGCAGCUUCGAGCACGACACUUGCAAGUGGGUGGGAGACUGGCAGCGUGUCAGCGGCCCAUCUCAAAAUCAUUUACUGCCCACAGCAGCCUUCCACGGCGAGAGCUAUGUUUAUGCUGGUGGCACCGAGGUGGUGUCCUUCAGGCUCACCAGCCCACUCUUCCGGAAGCUCGCCAACGUCUCCUACGUGGAGUUUGCUUUCCACAUGUUCGGGUUGGGCGUCGGCAAGCUGCAGUUAUGGUACCUUAAAGGAGGCAGGUGGCGCUUGCGCUGGUCCCGGCAAGGGAACCAGGGGGCUGACUGGCUUCAGGCCAAGGUGAGACUCCCAAGUGGGGUGGAGAUGCUCCGCUUCGUGAGCUCCGAGGCCAUCACGAGAGAUUCCGAAGUAGCCUUGGACGGAAUCCUCGCUUGGGAGGGCCCUGAAGCAGCCCCUGCAGAGUUCCUGAGCCUCUCUUCUGGCAGCUUCCACAACUGUGCAGUUCUCAAGGCUGAGGGCCUCCUGAAGUGCUGGGGAUCUGGAGGUAGCGGCCGCUUGGGUUCCGGCAGCGAAGCAGAUGUGGGGACAGCUCCGGGUCAGAUGGGUCAGAACCUUCCGGCCGUGGACCUCGGGGAGCCCGGCCUUCGAGUGACGCAGGUGACCUGCGGUGUGUGGCACACCUGUGCACUUCUCGAGACGGGCAUCCUGAAAUGCUUCGGGAUCAACUUUGGCCAGCUUGGCCACGGACACACUCGCGAUGUUGGAGAUGAGCCUUCGGAGAUGGGCGCGCAUUUGCCAGCGUGGACCUGGGCCCUGGAGCGGAGGUGGUGCAGGUCGUUGCCGGACGUUACCAUACCUGCGCUCUGCUUCGGGGAUCGUGGCGACGAGCCCGGCGAGAUGGGCUCGAACCUGCCCGCCAUUGACCUGGGCACCGACUUCGAAGCGGUGCAGCUGGCCUUGAGAAAUGUCCACAGCUGUGCUCUGUCAAGCCAAGGUACCGUGAAAUGCUGGGGACGGGGAGAUUGCCUGGGACUGGGACUUCCCAAGUCUGUCGGAAUCGGCAACGACUUGGGCCCCCUUCCGGCUGUGCAGAUCGCAGCCGGCUCCCGCCACCUGCGCCGCAGCUUGCCCGUGCUGUCCGAUGGCUCGGCAAAAUGCUGGGGUAGGAAUCACAGGGGUCAACUUGGGCACGGCAGCCUUGAAGACGCGGGUGACGAGCCCGGUGAGAUGGGCACCAGCCUUCCAGUUGUGGAUCUCGGCGAUGGGAUGACGGUCGUCCAUAUCACUGCUGGCGCGCAUUACAGCUGCGCCAUCCUCCAAGAUGCAAGCCUCAAGUGCUGGGGCUCGGGCACGAGUGGCCAGCCUGGGCCUCAGUGGGGGGAAGGGCUUGGCCAGGGCAACCUGGAGAACUUGGGAGAUGAGCCCUCCGAGAUGGGCUCCAAUCUUCGCGCAGUCGGCCUGGGCAAUCUCGAGGUGCGGGAUGUGAGUGCCGGCUAUGGCCACACCUGCGUGCUUCUGGACGACGACAGCACGAGGUGCUGGGGCGAUGGCAGUUCUGGGCAGCUGGGCAUUGGCAGCGCACUUAGCAUCGGCCAGGUGCCAGGCGAGCUUGGUGUGGCUUUGGUGCCUGCGGAGCUCUUUCCCCAGACCCUUGGUGCUGGCCUUCAGGACUUCAGCUUGCUUUCCGUUGCCGAAGACCAUGGCAUUGCCAAAGGGCUGCUCCAACUGCAGCACAACGCCUCGGUCGGAUUGGUCUGCGAUGAUGACUUUGACUCUCGGGUGGCGCAAGUGGCCUGCCGUGAUCUCGGCAUGGCCGGUGGCAGGACGCUGCCAGCCUUGGCGAUGUGGGGUUGGGUAGGGGCCGGCACCAUCCUUGCUGACAACAUUCAGUGUACAGGCGCAGAAGUAAGCCUUCGCGACUGUCUUGAGUGCGAGUCGGAUGCGUGGAGCGAGUACACGCCCGCCGCAAGCCCAGCCGGGCGCCAGGACGCGUCUAUGGUCUGGGACAGUGAGACUCAGUCUGCAUGGAUGUUCGGGGGCCACGCCAGCAAUGCCUUCCUCUACUUUGCGGACUUGUGGCGCUAUGACUGGCCUCGGCGAGCUUGGACGGAGAUCCUGCCGCUCAACGAGGGCUCGACACCCGGCAGCAGAUGGGGCCACGCGGCUGUAUGGGAUGCGCAUUCCAGGUCUAUGCUGAUCUUUGGAGGCAGGUUUCGAGUUGCCUUCUACGAUGACAUUUGGCAAUUUCGCAGCACGGACAGCACUUGGAGGCAAUUGCCUGCCAUGGCGAAGCCGUCGGCACGCGCCCACCACAGUGCGAUCCUGGACCCGGUGGAGGGUGCGGUGCUAGUUUUUGGAGGAGAGAGCAGCAGCCAGGUGUUGGAGGACCUCCAGCGCUACAGCCUCGCCGACGGCCAGUGGAGCAAGUCUGGCGCGACGGGUCCCGGAGCCCGCAGUCGACACACUGCCGUCUGGGUGCCCACAACCCGCUCCAUGCUCGUUUUUGGCGGGUGGAGUGGGCAGCAAUAUCUGGAUGACCUGCGCAGCUACGAUGCUUCAGCAGGCACCUGGACGGACUUGUCAGCUUCAGGAUAUUGGCCCACGGCUUGCGCGGGGCAUGCCGCCGCGUGGGACCCAAUUUCAAUGAGUAUGCUAGUCAUGGGUGGCAUCACCAGUGUGAGCGAUGACCUCAGCUACGAGUCCUCGCUGUACAACUACAGCCUCUUGACAAACUCCUGGAAGCAAGAGGGCCUGCAAAGCGAGGUCCCAGGCCCAACCGGCCGUACCGGUCAUGGCAUUGUUUGGGACUACGCUUCUCGUGGCUUGCUGUCCUUCGGUGGCUUCAAUGCUUCUUACUUGCAGCAAACCUGGCGAUACGUGGUCAGUCAGACCAGCUCGCCCUUGCUGGUCAGCUGCCAGCAGGGCCGCAACUGUUCCUUCCGCUGGAAUGCCUCGGGCUUGGGCACCGUGAAACGCAGCUGCUCCGACCCGGUGGUCUUGGCAGGACUAGGGCUCCCCACACCACUCUCGGAAGCGGAGGAGGAGGAGAAUCUCGUGGAACCGGGUCAUCACCGCCUCUGCUGGUGUGAUGUCGUCAACUGCAGCCACCCCGACAACUUCAGCGUGACAGUGGGCUACUUUGUCCUGGAGGGGCCGCAGCUGCAGCAGUCCGCUCAAUGCUACCUAGGCAGAGACUGCACGAUUUCAGAGUGGCGAGGAGUCGGCAUCUCCGCGAACGACAGCGUCGUGAUGCAGAGCCGAUGCGGCGAAGGGCCGCGGCUCUCCUCUUCCACCUACUCCCAGCGCUCGGUCGGCGUCUCCUUCAACGAGUCCUACGGUUGGCACACCUUGCACGUGGGCUUCCUCGACCCUUCGGAGGGCCUCAAGCCGGAAGCUCUGGAGCUUUGCUGGUGCCCUGCCACGGCGGCCCCUUGCGCUUCGGCAGAGGACUUCCUCGUGGUCGCCCUGAGCCUGGAGGUCCUCUGCCGGCCCGGCGAGUACAGCGAAGGGCCCGGCUCUUCCUGCCUGCCCUGCCCGCCGAACUUCUUCUGCCCCGGCGGUUCGGAAUUGCAGAGCUGUCCGUCGUCGAGCACUUCGAUGCAGGGCUCAAGUCCGCCACCCAGAAGAGAGUAUGGCCUGCUCUCCGACUGCCGGUGCCUUCGAGGGCGCUACUGGGAUGCAGAGAGCGCCAUCUGCCUGGCGUGCCCCGCUGGGUCUUCGACGUUGCAGGAGGGGGCCACCAGCCUGGCGUCCUGCACUUGCAUGCCGGGCUUCUUCGCGACGCAGCCCGACAAUCCGGCAGUUUGCGAAGCCUGCGGCGUGGGCUUCUUCUGUGCAGGGGGCCUGCAGACCCCGCAGCCGUGUGCGCCGUCCCAAACCACCGAGAGCGACACGUCAGCCAACAGAUCCCAGUGUGUUUGCAGGCCCGGCAGCUUCUUGGAAGACGGGCUUUGCGCCCCGUGUCCAGUUGGAUUUUUCAAGGGCAGCGUCGGAGACUUCCCGUGCUCGCCAUGUGGUACUGGCACCUUCAGCAACGGCACGGGAAGCACAGAGCCUUGCAGAUGCCAACAGGGCUAUGGUUUUGACGAGGAGAUCGCACAGUGCAGACCAUGCCUUCCGGGCGAAUACAAAGCACUGGUCUUGCAGCAGAGGGUGAGAGCUGCCGAGACUGCCGAGACGGCUUCUUCUGCCCGGGCCAGGGUGAAGAGCGGCAUAGAGCGGCGAUGCCAGGAUGAUGCCACCUCACGCAGAGGCUCCAUCCUGCAGGCAGAUUGCCUAUGCCUCCCAGGCUACUAUGCGCUUGAAGCUCAGGGCCUCUGUGAGCCUUGCCAACCUGGACGCUACAAGCCCACGCUGGCCAACGAUCCAUCUUGCCCAUUACAGUGCCCCACAAAUGGCGAGAGUGCCAAUGCGUCCACCAACUUAACAGAGUGCUUCUGCAUGCCAGGAUUUUACGCAGUGCUCGAUGAAGGAUCCCUCUCCAGGUGCGCCAGUUGUGCCUUCCUUCCUCAUUUGCAAUGCUUGGGUGGUUUUCACACUCAGGCGGGCAUCACUCAGGCAGGGAACCACAAGCUGCCUGUCGCCCGGCCGGGCUACUUCCAGACAGGGGUGACAAUCGCCGUGAAGUGCACGGCUGUCACAGCCACUGGCCUCAGCGCUUGCCUCGGAGGGCAGCUAUGCGCGCAAGAUGACACGGUGGAAUGCUUCGGCAAGUAUGACAACGCCUGCGACGAAGGCUCCACCGGGUUCUUUUGUGGAGAAUGCCCAGCUGGUUGGGCCAGGAGUGCCUUCCAGCAGCCAUGCGAACCGUGUGCUGCUGAUGCUGUUUUGCCACUGGUAGCCUCUGUCAUCAUCGAUGUUGGCACGAAGGUCGCGGGGAAGUGUAACAAGUGGCAGGGAGCGGGUAAUAGCGGGGGUAGCGGACAGGCCACGAUCAACUUCGUGGUCGCGGCCAUGGCGGCAAUGGCAGCAGUCAGAGCCAGCAGCAAGCUCCACACGGUGAUGAUCCGCAUCGCCGUCCAGUGGCUGGCUGCCUGCUCUGUCCUGACGGCUUUCGACCUCACGCAGAUUCCACUCGAGAAUGCGGAGACCCAGGGAGAUCAGGAAGAGUAUCCACUCUUCCCAUGGCCUGUGCAGGUGGCGGUUGAAGGAGGGUCCUUUGUCAGCGCAGCGAUGCGGGGCCUCUUCGAGACCCUCACGCUGACGCCGGUGCUGACAUCUGUCAACUCGGCCACACAGUGCUUUGCCCAGGAGCUUGCUCCUGACAUCACUGCCCCACGCGUCGCCUUUGGAGUGUACCACCUCGCCUUGCCCGUCUUGGUCAUGAUUGGCAUUCUUCUGCUCUCCUUCGUGGUGGUGCAUGUGGUGGUGCCUUUGGGGCAGCGUUUCGGCUUCUCCUUCAACGAGUCCGGACGUAGCAUGAACCAUCUGCGCAAGAUCAUAGACCCGAUGCUCAAAGAGGUUUUGCGCAAACCCGUCGCCGAAGCCUCCAUCACAACGUCGCGUACUUCUGACGCCUUAUCCUGGGCGGACUUGCAGCGCACGGGCACCUUGGGGAACCUCACCACGGCUCAGUUGCAGCAAGCGGCGGAGAACCCGGAUGGCUUCUUGCGCACGGCUGCAGCCGGGUCGCGAGAGCUCCUGGUCAGCGCCUGUGCGGCUCGUGCUGCCCAGCUGCAUCCACAGGCCGAGGCCCAGGAGCUUUACCAAGAGCUGGCGAAGGCGGAUCUCCGGCACUUCCUGACCGCGGACUUCGCCACUCGGUCUCCGGAUUUUACGGCAAUGCUGGACAAGGUCUUGGAUGCGGCAUUCACCUUCGACGAGGAGACCGUGCCCGUACCGAAGGAAGGCCCUGAGCAAGAAGAGGCUGAUGAGCUCCGGCUCGUGGGCUCGGAGCACGCGCCUCGCGACGUCGUGGUCGCCUUGCCCACGGACGCAAUGCCAGAGAAGAAACCUGGGGAACAGAGCACCUUGAGCUUUACAUCUUUGGAAAACCGAGCAAGCCUGAUGGACUCUCUAAAUUUCGGCCUCUUCUCGCCGGCACCUCGCUUCGUCGAGCUCGCAUACCAGAGCGUGCCCAUCAUUUGGGUGAGCCUGGUCUCUCUAUGGCCUGGUCUACUGUCCAGCUUCCUGCAGAUGAUCUGGUGCGUGUCAGUUCAGGAAGACGAUGUGCUGGUGAGCCGCCUGCUGCCCAACCCUUCCGUCAUUUGCUGGUCCGACGAGCACCUGGUUUCUGCGCGCUUCGCCAUCGCUGGGCUCGUCGUGUGGUGCCUGGGCAUACCGAUUGUGCUGGCCACCGUCUUGUUUCGCCUCCCGGAUAGGCAGGCUCCUGACAACUUCAGGCGCUUCGGCUUUUUCUUCCAGGGCCUGGAGCGACAGUUUUGGUGGUGGGAUCUCCUCGUUAAGCGCUUCGCCGUGGACUUGGCGCUGAUGAUGCUGGUCGCCUACACAUCCGUCGUGCCGGAUCCUAAGGCCAAGCUUGCGCUCUUCCCGGCGCUGCUGGCAUCGUGGGUCCGGCCCUAUGCAAACGACCAGGCUGAGGUGCUGGACGUCUUGGAGGCCAUGGUGACACUGUGCUCGAUCCGGUUUCUGCUCUUCAGCGGAGUGGCGCUGCUUCUCAAUCUGGAGACACCGACAGAGACGGCUCACACGGUGGCCUACCUCCUCCUGCUGGUCUUGGUGCUCGCCUGCCUUUACUUCUUCGUCCACUUCACAGCCCAGGUCUGGAUCGCGGUCUAUCGUCAAAUGCUGCUUGUCCAUCGUGGCCCGGUGCUCAACAGCUUCUUGAGUAUGCAUGGACAGAGUCCGAAGCAAGCCCUCCGCCUUGUCCAGGGCUUUGUUUGUAUCUCCAUCAACGUCGGCAACCCCGACAUGGUCUUCUCCUCAGCGGACAGGGCUUUCAACGGUUGGUUUCCGCGCUUUCUGAUCGAGUUGGCACUGCCCUUGCUUACAGAGGCGCAGUCAGAAUCUCUUGAGCUGCUCUGGUCUUUGUCAUCGGAGAAGAUCACACUGACGACUGCGAACAGCGGACAAACGUCGAAAACGGCCCUCGGCAAGAUCUGUAUCAAAGCGUGGCUGGUGCUACGGCAGAUGAGUAAAGCUGUUUUACGACAUGGUCCUCUCUUCCAGCAAGCUGCGGUUGCGAAGGCCAACGACGACUUGCUCGUACUCUGGCUUCAGCUUGGGUCGAAGCUGCCUUCACAGCUGCCCUCACCGAAGCACGCCUGUGCUCUUGCAACAGCGUGCAAGGCAUUGCCGCGCUCGCUGGUGAAAAGCCGCAUCUGCGUUUCAUGGAUGCACCAGCUCGAAGCACUUGCCCAGCAAGAUCCGCCCUUCAGAUGCAACCCCAAAGAUCUGGAGCAAGCGGUUCAGCAACUUGGGAUCAUGGCGGCGCGUUGGAUCAUUUUCAUGACCGGCUUCGUGCAAGGCAAUCGCAGUGGGGAUCUGGGUGAACUGGUUGUGAUUGGUUUUCUAGAAGCGCAUUGGCUGAUUGUCUCCGCCCACAUGCAGCCCUGUGGCGGACAGCUGAGUUGGCCAGCCUUGAUUGCUUUGGGCAACUGCGUGUUUCUGGGCAAGGCAGCCUCAACUUUCUGCCUGCAGGUUCCCUUGACGUCCAAACAGAACCCAUGUGCAUUGAGUUCACCGGCGUGGCAAGUAAACGUGGGGCUCGAGCCCAAGAGGGCCAUGGAGAUCGAGAUUGUGCCUGUCGCGGUCAACGACACCCAGCAGGGCUGGAAGCUGUGCCGUGCUGAUGAGGAGGCUGCAGUGGUGGCGUGGUCAAAGGACGAGACGGCGCCAGGGGAAGGCUCACCUGCUUGGAAGCUUGUCAGUGGGCCGUGCAGACUGGGAGGAGAUUGCAUCCUGAGGGCUCCGGACGCCUGUGUUGUCCAAGUUGCUCCCGGGGACAGGUCCAUCGUGUUCCGGGCCUUCUUGACCGGAAGGCACCGGGACCUGGACCUGGACGAGGAUGGUGCCGGGAGCGUUCUUUGCAUGACGUCACACGGCGAGUCUUCUCAGGAGCCUCGCCUUCGUGCACUCCAGGCCUCCACCCCUGCCACGCCUCUGGCCACGUCGAACUGGUCCGAGGUGGUCAGCUGCGACUUCGAGGCCAACUUUUGCGGGUGGUCGAAUGGUGACAACGCCUGGCGGCCUCGUUCCGGAUCGACUCCAUCAUCAGACACGGGACCAGAGCAGGCAGCAGAAGGGGACUGGUACGUCUACGUAGAGUCGAGCUCCAAUGCGAACAAGGCUGGGUGUAUCAACAAAGCAAAGGGUCGCGCGCCAGAGCCUGGUCGCAGAAAUGCACGACAGGAGUUCAUCCUGACCAGCGGCAUCUUCGACACUUCACCAGCAACGCGGCAUCUCCAUUUCUAUUUCCAUAUGUUUGGGAGACACUUGCAGACGGGCAGCCUGCGAAUGGACGCGUUGCGAAGCAGUGGCUGGACGCAAGUGUGGUUGCGAAUCGGAGAGCAAGGGAUGCAAUGGGGCACAGCAUUGGUGAGUCUACCGCAGGACGCCGCAGCUGUGCGCUUCGUCGGCAUCACAGGUGACAGCUGGAGGAGCGACAUUGGGCUGGAUGGCAUCGCCGCUGGGCUCCCCACUGUGGAGUUCGAUCAGCUCUCUUGUGAGUUCGGUUUCGACACCUGCCUGUGGCAAAGCACUGGGGCCUCUUCAUGGCAGCUUGCGGAGGACGCGGAUGGCCAGUGGCUGGAGGCUGUGCAGAGUGGUUCCCAAGCUUCGCAAUGGAUCUUGGAAACCGCGGCGAUCUUCAACACCACUAAGGAGAAGGCCUUGGUUUUCGACUAUGAGUUGAACGGCUCGGGAACCGUGGCGUUGGAGCUACAACACCAAGCCUCCGCUACUGGGGGCUGGCAGCGUUUGUGGACGCAGUCAGGCAGCCGCGGCGCAGGUUGGCAUGCCGCCAUCGUCACCAUCCCUUCUUCCACGAUGAGCCUGCGCUUGCUUGCCAAUAGCACUGACGACGCAGAUGUCGUGCGGAUCGACAGGCUCCAUGCAGCGGACGUCCUGCACGACUGGAGCUCCAUUUCCUGUGAUUUUGAAUCCGACUUCUGUACCGGGCCGGACGAGGCUGCAGAAGGUGACACGUACAUUUAUACAGAAGCCAGUGACAAUGAGAACAAGGCUUUCAUUCUCACCAGCGACCUGUUCGACCCAUCACCGGAAGCUCGGCAUCUCCGUUUCUAUUUCCACAUGUAUGGUGAGGACACAGGCAGCUUGCGAAUGGAGACGUUGCGAAGCAGUGGCUGGAGACAGCUGUGGUCUCGCAUCGGAGAGCAAGGGACGCAAUGGGGCCUGGCACAGGUGAUGUUGCCGCAGGAUGCGUGGGCUGUGCGUUUCAUCGGCAUCACAGGCAGCGACUUCAAGAGUGACAUUGGGCUGGAUGGCAUCGUCGCUGGGCUCCCCACUGUGGAGUUCGAUCAGCUUACUUGCGAGUUCAGUUUAGACACCUGCCUGUGGCAAAACACUGGUGCAUCUUCCUGGCAGCUUGCGGGGGACGCAGAUGGACAGUGGCUGGAGGCUGUGCAGAGUGGUUCCCAAGCUUCGCAAUGGAUCUUGGAAACCGCGGCGGUCUUCAACACCACUGAGGAGAAGGCCUUGGUUUUCGACUAUGAGUUGAACGGCUCGGGAACCGUGGCGUUGGAGCUACAACACCAAGCCUCCGCUACUGGGGGCUGGCAGCGUUUGUGGACGCAGUCAGGCAGCCGCGGCGCAGGUUGGCAUGCCGCCAUCGUCACCAUCCCUUCUUCCACGAUGAGCCUGCGCUUGCUUGCCAAUAGCACUGACGACGCAGAUGUCGUGCGGAUCGACAGGCUCCAUGCAGCGGACGUCCUGCACGACUGGAGCUCCAUCUCCUGUGAUUUUGAAUCCGACUUCUGUACCGGGCCGGACGAGGCUGCAGAAGGUGAGUCGUACAUUUAUACAGAAGCCAGUGGCAAUGAGAACAAGGCUUUCAUUCUCACCAGCGACCUGUUCGACCCAUCACCGGAAGCUCGGCAUCUCCGUUUCUAUUUCCACAUGUAUGGUGAGGACACAGGCAGCUUGCGAAUGGAGACAUUGCGAAGCAGUGGUUGGACACAGCUUUGGUCUCGCAUCGGAGAGCAAGGGACGCAAUGGGGCCUGGCACAGGUGAUGUUGCCGCAGGAUGCGAGGGCUGUGCGUUUCGUCGGCAUCACAGGCAGCGACUUCAAGAGUGACAUUGGGCUGGAUGGCAUCGUCGCUGGGCUCCCCACUGUGGAGUUCGAUCAGCUUACUUGCGAGUUCAGUUUAGACACCUGCCUGUGGCAAAGCACUGGUGCAUCUUCCUGGCAGCUUGCGGGGGACGCAGAUGGACAGUGGCUGGAGGCUGUGCAGAGUGGUUCCCAAGCUUCGCAAUGGAUCUUGGAAACCGCGGCGAUCUUCAACACCACUGAGGAGAAGGCCUUGGUUUUCGACUAUGAGUUGAACGGCUCGAGCACCGUGGCGUUGGAGCUACAACACCAAGCCUCUGCUGGCGCCUGGCAGCGUUUGUGGACGCAGUCAGGCAGCCGCGGCGCAGGUUGGCAUGCCGCCAUCGUCACCAUCCCUUCUUCCACGAUGAGCCUGCGCUUGCUUGCCAAUAGCACUGACGACGCAGAUGUCGUGCGGAUCGACAGGCUCCAUGCAGCGGACGUCCUGCACGACUGGAGCUCCAAAAUUUCCUGUGGUUUUGAAUCCGACUUCUGUACCGGGCCGGACGAGGCUGCAGAAGGUGAGUCGUACAUUUAUACAGAAGCCAGUCGCAAUGAGAACAAGGAUUUCAUUCUCACCAGCGACCUGUUCGACCCAUCACCGGAAGCUCGGCAUCUCCAUUUCUAUUUCCACAUGUAUGGUGAGGACACAGGCAGCUUGCGAAUGGAGACAUUGCGAAGCAGUGGCUGGACACAGCUGUGGUCUCGCAUCGGAGAGCAAGGGAUGCUAUGGGGCCUGGCACAGGUGAUGUUGCCGCAGGAUGCGAGGGCUGUGCGUUUCGUCGGCAUCACAGGCGACUUCAGGAGUGACAUUGGGCUGGAUGGCAUCGCCGCUGGGCUCCCCACUGUGGAGUUCGAUCAGCUCUCUUGUGAGUUCGGUUUCGACACCUGCCUGUGGCAAAGCACUGGUGCCUCUUCAUGGCAGCUUGCGGGGGACGCGGAUGGCCAGUGGCUGGAGGCUGUGCAGAGUGGUUCCCAAGCUUCGCAAUGGAUCUUGGAAACCGCGGCGGUCUUCAACACCACUAAGGAGAAGGCCUUGGUUUUCCACUAUGAGUUGAACGGCUCGGGAACCGUGGCGUUGGAGCUACAACACCAAGCCUCUGCUGGCGGCUGGCAGCGUUUGUGGACGCAGUCAGGCAGCCGCGGCGCAGGUUGGCAUGCCACCAUCGUCACCAUCCCUUCUUCCACGAAGAGCCUGCGCUUGCUUGCCAAUAGCAGUGACGACGCAGAUGUCGUGCGGAUCGACAGGCUCCAUGCAGCGGACGUCCUGCACGACUGGAGCUCCAUCUCCUGUGGUUUUGAAUCCGACUUCUGUGCUUGGUCCACCGGUUCGUACCCAUGGCUGAGAGGUUCAGGGACUACUAUUAGCUUAGGUACCGGGCCGGACGAGGCUGCAGAAGGUGAGUCGUACAUUUAUACAGAAGCCAGUGACAAUGAGAACAAGGAUUUCAUUCUCACCAGCGACCUGUUCGACCCAUCACCGGAAGCUCGGCAUCUCCAUUUCUAUUUCCACAUGUAUGGUGAGGACACAGGCAGCUUGCGAAUGGAGACGUUGCGAAGCAGUGGCUGGACACAGCUGUGGUCUCGCAUCGGAGAGCAAGGGACGCAAUGGGGCCUGGCACAGGUGAUGUUGCCGCAGGAUGCGAGGGCUGUGCGUUUCAUCGGCAUCACAGGCAGCGACUUCAAGAGUGACAUUGGGCUGGAUGGCAUCGCCACCGGGCUGCCCAAUGUGAAGUUCGAUCAUCUUACGUGUGACUUUCGUUUUGACACCUGCCUUUGGCAGAGCACGGGUGCCUCUUCGUGGCAGCUUGAGGGGGAUGCGUCUGGCCAGUGGCUGGAGGCUUCUGGCAACAGUUCCCAAGCUUCGGAAUUCAUCUUGGAAACCGCGGCGGUCUUCAACACCACUGAGGAGAAGAUCUUGAAUUUGAGCUUUGAAUAUCAGCUGAACGGCUCGGAUGCCGUGGCAUUGGAGGUACAGCACCAAAUCUCCGCCGGAGACUGGCAGCGUUUACUGUUGGAGUCGGGUGGCCGCGGCGCUGCUUGGCACACCGGUGUCGUCACCGUCCCUCCUUCUGCUCUUGGCCUCCGCUUCGUGGCCAAUGUCAGCACCGAUUUCGACAUGGUGAGGCUUCUUUUCUUGUCGGCCAUCGAGUCCGCUGGAGCCGGAGCGCUGGCGGAUGUGAGCUGCACCUUCGAGAACGACACUUGCAAGUGGUUGGGAGACUGGCAGCGCCGCAGCGGCCCCUCCCCAAAUCCUACCCUCACAGGGCCCGAGGCUGCCUUCCACGCCGAGAGCUACGUUUAUGCCUCAGAUUCUUAUAAUGAGGUAGUUGUGCUCACCAGCCCCCUCUUCGCGAAGCUUGCCAACGUCUCUUACCUAGAGUUCGCCUAUCACAUGCUUGGUUCUGGCGUCGGCAAGCUGGAGCUAUGGUACCUGAAAGGCGGCAGGUGGAGCUCGCGCUGGUCCCGGCAAGGAAACCAAGGGGCCGACUGGCUUCAGGCCAAGGUGAGGCUCCCAAGUGGGGUGGAGAUGCUCCGCUUCGUGAGCUCCGGGGCAACAACGUGGGCGGAAGUCGCUUUGGAUGCAAUCCUCGCCUGGGAGGGGCCCGAAGCAGCCCCAGAGUUCCUGAGCCUUUCCUCUGAUGGCUUUCACAAUUGUGCAGUUCUCAAGGCCCAGGGGCUCCUGAAGUGCUGGGGAGCUGGUCUUUUCGGCCGCUUGGGUUACGGCAGCGAAGCAGAUGUGGGGAGAGCUCCGGGUGAGAUGGGGGAGAACCUUCCGGCCGUGGACCUCGGGGAGCCCGGCGUUCGAGUGACGGCGGUGGUCUGCGGUUGGUGGCACACCUGCGCAGUUCUCGAAACGGGCGUCCUGAAAUGCUUCGGGGACAAUGAUCACGGCAAGCUUGGCUACGGACACACCCGCAAUGUUGGCGACGAGCCCUUGGAGAUGGGCCAGCACCUGCCAGCGGUGGACCUGGGCCCCGGUGCGGAGGUGGUGCAGGUGGAUGCUGGAGCGUUUCACACCUGCGCUCUGCUUCGAGGCGGAAGCGUGAAGUGCUUUGGCCAGGGAGCUCUGCUGGGCUUGGGAGACGAGCCCGGGCCCCAGAGGGAAGACCGUGGCGACGAGUGGGGCGAGAUGGGCUCGAACCUCCCCGCGAUUGACCUCGGCACCCACUUCGAAGCAGUGCAGCUGGCCGUGGGAACUUGGCUCAGCUGUGCUCUCUCAAGCCAAGGUGACGUGAAGUGCUGGGGAUUGAGCAGCUUCCUGGGACUGGGUUUUGGCAGUGGAGGCUACAUCGGCAGCAGCCCCAACGAGAUGGGUGACGCCCUACCUGCAGUAGACUUGGGCCCCCUUCCUGCCGUGCAGAUCGCAGCCGGGGAAUUCCACACCUGCGCCGUCCUGUCCGACGGCUCGGUCAAAUGCUGGGGUAGGAAUGACAAGGGGCAACUUGGACACGGCAACGUUGAAUUUGCGGGCGACCAGCCCGGUCAGAUGGGCACCAACCUUUCCGUCACAGACCUGGGCGAUGGCAUGACGGUUGUCCGUAUCACGGUUGGCGGUAAGCACACCUGUGCGAUCCUGCAAGACAGGACCCUCAAGUGCUGGGGCGGGGGAGAGAGUGGCGCGCUUGGCCAGGGCAACACAGAGAACUUGGGAGAUGAGCCCUUAGAGAUGGGCUCCAAUCUCCGCGCGGUCGGCCUCGGCAAUCUCGAGGUGUGGGAUGUGAGUGUCGGCGAAAGCCACACCUGCGUGCUCUUGGAGGACGACACCACGAGGUGCUGGGGUACAGGCAAUGCUGGGCAGCUGGGCAUUGGCAGCACCCUUAACGUCGGCCAGGUGCCAGGCGAGCUUGGUGUGGCUUUGGUGCCUGCGCGGCUCUUUCCUCUGACUUUGGGCGCUGGCCUUCAGGGUCUCAGCUUCGCCGAAGCCCAUGGCCCUGCCAGAGGGUUACUUCAAAUGCAGCACAACGGUUUCGUGGGCCUAGCCUGCGAUGACGGCCUUGAUGAUCGGGUGGCUCAAGUGGCCUGCCGUGAUCUCGGCAUGGCCGGUGGCAGGGCCCUGACAGCCUUAGCAAUGUGGGGUGCUGCGGGCGCUGGCACCAUCCUUGCUGACAACAUUAGGUGUACCGGUGCAGAAGUAAGCCUUCGCGACUGCGAAUUUCGUGGCUGGCAUCUGCACGACUGCACUCUUCAAGAAGCCGCAGGUCUUGAGUGCGAGUCGGAUGCCUGGAGCGACUUCACACCCGCCGCAAGCCCAGCCGGGCGCCAGGACGCUUCUAUGGUCUGGGACAGUGAGACUCAGUCUGCAUGGAUGUUCGGGGGCCAUGCCAGCAAUGCCUUCCUCUACUUUGCGGACCUCUGGCGCUACGACUGGCCUCGACGAGCUUGGACUGAGAUCCUGCCGUUGAGUGAAGGACCCGCCCCCGGUGCCAGAUGGGGCCACGCAGCCGUGUGGCACGUGCAUUCCAGGUCUAUGCUGGUGUUUGGAGGCAAAUUCCAAGUCACCUUCUACGAUGACAUUUGGCAAUUUCGCAGCACGGACAGCACUUGGAGGCAAUUGCCUGCCAUGGCGAAGCCGUCGGCACGCGCCUACCACAGUGCGAUCCUGGACCCGGUGGAGGGUGCGGUGCUAGUUUUUGGAGGAGAGAGCAGCAGCCAGGUGUUGGAGGACCUCCAGCGCUACAGCCUCGCCGACGGCCAGUGGAGCAAGUCUGGCGCGACGGGUCCCGGAGCCCGCAGUCGACACACUGCCGUCUGGGUGCCCGCAACCCGCUCCAUGCUCGUUUUAGGCGGGUGGAGCGGGCAGCAGUAUCUGGAUGACUUGCGUAGCUACGACGCUUCGGCAGGCACCUGGGCCGAGGUAUCAGCCGCAGGAUAUUGGCCCACUGCUCGUGCUGGGCAUGCCGCCGCAUGGGACCCUGUUUCAAUGAGCAUGCUGGUCAUGGGCGGCAUCACCAAUGUAACCAGCGACCUCAGCUACGAUGCCUCCAUCUACAAUUACAGCCUCUUGACGAACUCUUGGAAGGAAGAGGGCUUGCAACGCCAGCUCUUAGGCCCAACCGGCCGUACCGGUCAUGGCAUUGUUUGGGACUACGCUUCUCGCGGCUUGCUGUGCUUCGGUGGCUUCAAUGCCUCCUACUUGCAGCAAACCUGGCGAUACGUGGUCAGUCAGACCAGCUCGCCCUUGCUGGUCAGCUGCCAGCAGGGCCGCAACUGUUCCUUCCGCUGGAAUGCUUCCGGCUCUGUUGCCGCGAAACGCACCUGCUCCGACCAGGAUAUCUUGGGAGGACUCCCCACACCACUCUCGGAAGCGGAGGAGGAGGAUCUCUGGACGUUCGGAGUAAAUGCAUCCCCUUUCUUCACACAACCGGGUCAUCACCGCCUCUGCUGGUGUGAUGUCGUCAACUGCAGCCACCCCGACAACUUCAGCGUGACAGUGGGCUACUUUGUCCUGGAGGGGCCGCAGCUGCAGCAGUCCGCUCAAUGCUACCUAGGCAGAGACUGUACGAUUUCAGAGUGGCGAGGAGUCGGCAUCUCCGCGAACGACAGCGUCGUGAUGCAGAGCCGAUGCGGCGAAGGGCCGCGGCUCUCCUCCUCCUCCUACUCCCAGCGCUCGGUCGGCGUCUCCUUCAACGAGUCCUACGGUUGGCACACCUUGCACGUGGGCUUCCUCGACCCAGCGGAGGGCCUCAAACCGGAAGCUCUGGAGCUUUGCUGGUGCCCUGCUGCGGCGGCCCCUUGCGCUUCGGCGGAGGACUUCCUCGUGGUCGCCCUGAGCCUGGACGUGAUCUGCCCGCCCGGCGAGUACAGCGAAGGGCCGGGCGCUUCCUGCCUGCCCUGCCCACCGAGCUUCUUCUGCCCCGGCGGUUCGGAAUUGCAGAGCUGUCCGUCGUCGAGCACUUCGAUGCAGGGCUCAAGCCAACUCUCCGAAUGCCUUUGCCUUCAAGGGCGCUACUGGGAUGCAGAGAGCGCCAUCUGCCUGGCGUGCCCCGCUGGGUCUUCGACGUUGCAGGAGGGGGCCACCAGCCUUGCGUCCUGCACUUGCAUGCCGGGCUUCUUCGCGACGCAGCCCGACAAUCCGGCAGUUUGCGAAGCCUGCGGCGUGGGCUUCUUCUGUGCAGGGGGCCUGCAGACCCCGCAGCCGUGUGCGCCGUCCCAAACCACCGAGAGCGACACGUCAGCCAACAGAUCCCAGUGUGUUUGCAGGCCCGGCAGCUUCUUGGAAGACGGGCUUUGCGCCCCGUGUCCGGUUGGAUUUUUCAAGGGCAGCGUCGGAGACUUCCCGUGCUCGCCAUGUGGUACUGGCACCUUCAGCAACGGCACAGGAAGCACAGAGCCUUGCAGAUGCCAACAGGGCUAUGGUUUUGACGAGGAGAUCACACAGUGCAGACCAUGCCUUCCGGGCGAAUACAAAGCACUGGUAGGCGACACUCCGUGCAGCCGCUGCUCUACCAAUAAGACUUCUGUGGAGGGCGCCGCGUCUCCCCUUGACUGUCGAUGCCGCUCAGGUCUUGCAGCAGAGGGUGAGGGCUGCCGAGACUGCCGAGAAGGCUUCUUCUGCCCGGGCCAGGGUGAAGAGCGGCGAUGCCAGGAUGAUGCCACCUCACGCAGGGGCUCCAUCCUGCAGGCAGAUUGCCUAUGCCUCCCAGGCUACUAUGCCCUUGAAGCUCAGGGCAUCUGUGAGCCUUGCCAACCUGGACGCUACAAGCCCACGCUGGCCAACGAUCCAUCUUGCCCAUUACAGUGCCCCACGAAUGCCGAGAGUGCCAAUGCGUCCACCAACUUAACAGAGUGCUUCUGCAUGCCAGGAUUUUACGCAGUGCUCGAUGAAGGAUCCCUCUCCAGGUGCGCCAGUUGUGCCUUCCUUCCUCAUUUGCAAUGCUUGGGUGGUUUUCACACUCAGGCGGGCAUCACUCAGUUGGGGAACCACAAGCUGCCUGUCGCCCGGCCGGGCUACUUCCAGACAGGAGUGACAAUCGCCGUGAAGUGCACGGCCGUCACGUCCACUGGCCUCAGCGCUUGCCUCGGAGGGCAGCUAUGCGCGCAAGAUGACACGGUGGAAUGCUUCGGCAAGUAUAGCAACGCUUGCGACGAAGGCUCCACCGGGUUCUUUUGUGGAGAAUGCCCAGCUGGUUGGGCCAGGAGUGCCUUCCGGCAGCCAUGCGAACCGUGUGCUGCUGGUGCUGUUUUGCCACUGGUAGCCUCUGUCAUCAUCGAUGUUGGCACGAAGGCCACGAUCAACUUCGUGGUCGCGGCCAUGGCCGCAAUGGCGGCAGUCAGAGCCAGCAGCAAGCUCCACACCGUGAUGAUCCGCAUCGCCGUCCAGUGGCUGGCUGCCUGCUCGGUCCUGACGGCUUUCGACCUCACACAGAUUCCACUCGAGAAUGCGGAGACCCAGGGAGAUCAGGAAGAGUAUCCACUCUUCCCAUGGCCUGCGCAGGUCAGCGCAGCGAUGCGCGGCCUCUUCGAGACCCUCACGCUGACGCCGGUGCUGACAUCUGUCAACUCGGCCACACAGUGCUUCGCCCAGGAGCUUGCUCCUGACAUCACUGCCCCACGCGUCGCCUUUGGAGUGUACCACCUCGCCUUACCUCUCUUGGUCAUGAUCGGCAUUCUUCUGCUCUCCUUCGUGGUGGUGCAUGUGGUGGUGCCUUUGGGGCAGCGUUUCGGCUUCUCCUUCAACGAGUCCGGACGUAGCAUGAACCAUCUGCGCAAGAUCAUAGACCCGAUGCUCAAAGAGGUUUUGCGCAAACCCGUCGCUCCCAUGACCGAAGCUCCCAUCACAACAAGCCCGUCUGACGCCUUCUCUUGGGCGGACUUGCAGCGCACGGGCACCUUGGGGAACCUCACCACGGCUCAGUUGCAGCAAGCGGCGGAGAACCCGGAUGGCUUCUUGCGCACGGCUGCAGCCGGGUCGCGAGAGCUCCUGGUCAGCGCCUGUGCGGCUCGUGCUGCCCAGCUGCAUCCGCAGGCCGAGGCCCAGGAGCUUUACCAAGAGCUGGCGAAGGCGGAUCUCCGACACUUCCUGACCGCGGACUUCGCCACUCGGUCUCCGGAUUUUACGGCAAUGCUGGACAAGGUCUUGGAUGCGGCAUUCACCUUCGACGAGGAGACCGUGCCCGUACCGAAGGAAGGCCCUGAGCAAGAAGAGGCUGACGAGCUCCGGCUCGUGGGCUCGGAGCACGCGCCUUGCGACGUCGUGGUUGCCUUGCCCACGGACGCAAUGCCAGAGAAGAAACCUGGGGAACAGAGCACCUUCAGCUUUACAUCUUUGGAAAACCGAGCAAGCCUGAUGGACUCUCUAAAUUUCGGCCUCUUCUCGCCGGCACCUCGCUUCGUCGAGCUCGCAUACCAGAGCGUGCCUAUCAUUUGGGUGAGCCUGGUCUCUCUGUGGCCUGGGCUACUGUCAAGCUUCCUGCAGAUGAUCUGGUGCGUGUCGGUUCUGGAAGACGAUGUGCUGGUGAGCCGCCUGCUGCCCAACCCUUCCGUCAUUUGCUGGUCCGACGAGCACCUGGUUUCUGCGCGCUUCGCCGUUGCUGGGCUCGUCGUGUGGUGCCUGGGCAUACCGAUUGCGCUGGCCACCGUCUUGUUUCGCCUCCCGGAUAGGCAGGCUCCUGACAACUUCAGGCGCUUUGGCUAUUUCUUCCAGGGCCUGGAGCGACAGUUUUGGUGGUGGGAUCUCCUCGUUAAGCGCUUCGCCGUGGCCUCAGACUUGGCGCUGAUGAUGCUGGUCGCCUACACUUCCCUCGUGCCGGAUCAGAAGGCCAAGCUCGCGCUCUUCCCCGUCCUCUCGGGCUUCCAGGCGCUGCUGGCAUCGUGGGUCCGGCCCUAUGCAAACGACCAGGCUGAGGUGCUGGACGUCUUGGAGGUGACACUGUGCUCGAUCCGGUUUCUGCUCUUCAGCGGAGUGGCGCUGCUUCUCAAUCUGGAGACACCGACAGAGACGGCUCACACGGUGGCCUACCUCCUCCUGCUGGUCUUGGUGCUCGCCUGCCUUUACUUCUUCGUCCACUUCACAGCCCAGGUCCUUCAAGAUGCAGCGACCUGGAAAUCAUUAGGUUGGUUUCCGCGCUUUCUGAUCGAGUUGGCACUGCCCUUGCUUACAGAGGCGCAGUCAGAAUCUCUUGAGCUGGGUUGGUCUUUCUCAUCGGAGAAGAUCACAGUGACGACCGCGUCACUUGAUGCAAGGAACAGCGGACAAACGUCGAGAACGGCCCUCAGCAAGAUCUGUAUCAAAGCGUGGCUGGUGCUACGGCAGAUGAGUAAAGCUGUUUUACGACACGGUCCCCUCUUCCAGCAAGCUGUGGUUGCGAAGGCCACGGUUUCGGGGUCAGGAAGGGUACCCAAGCAGGGUUUAGGGUUUAGGGUUUAG